UAUUGAAUAAGUCGGUUUGAGAAAAUAAGGAAAAAAUAUAGAAAAAAUCAAGCGGCCGAGUUUGCCCUAGAAAACCUAUUCUCUCUCUACCUCGUCGCUCAAUAUAAAAGCGUUGCUCUCCCCUUAAUGUUUCACAAUCUCUCUCACCUCACGCAUAGUUGAGACCAAUCCUUCUCCAGCCUCUUCUUCUCUUUACGUUCCAAGGAAGUUGGCAGUUCUUUCUGCAUCAUCUGCACAUCAUCAAAAGUGGAGCUCGUCAAGUUUGAAGCAUUUUUUAUGUCUGAACGGGCCUCUCUGUUUUUGUCAUCAAUUGGAUUACUUGGAGAGUACUGUCCUACGUCUAGAAAAAAGAGCAGACGUUCCUCAGCUAAAGUUGGCUGCAUGCAUCUUGAGUUGUUCGAGGGCCAUAGCACAGACAAUAUAGGUUGCCAGUUUAUGCAGCCAUCUCUAACUGUGAGGAACCUGUCUAUUGAAGGAGGAUUUCCUGUUACCAGAGAACAUACUGCAGCUGAUAUCUGUACCUUUUGAUUAACUUGAUAUUGGUCUACAAGUAAUAUGGCGUUGCAAAAUAUUGGUGCUUCCAACAGUGACGAUGCCUUCUACAGGUACAAGAUGCCAAAAAUGAUAACAAAGAUUGAAGGCAGGGGAAAUGGCAUCAAAACUAACGUGGUUAACAUGGUUGAUAUUGCUAAGGCCUUGGCUAGACCUCCUUCCUACACCACUAAGUACUUUGGAAAUGAGCUUGGUGCUCAAUCGAAAUUUGAUGAGAAGACUGGAAUUUCUCUUGUUAAUGGAGCUCAUGACACUCCAAAGCUUGCUGGUCUACUUGAGAACUUCAUAAAGAAAUAUGUUCAAUGCUAUGGCUGUGGGAACCCUGAAACUGAGAUAGUUAUCACUAAGACCCAGAUGAUCACCCUAAAAUGUGCUGCAUGUGGGUUUAUUUCUGAUGUUGAUAUGAGAGAUAAGCUUACAACAUUUAUCCUCAAGAACCCUCCUGAACUGAAAAAAGGAUCCAAAGACAAGAAGGCAAUGAGGAGGGCUGAGAAGGAAAGACUCAAGGAGGGUGAGACUGCUGAUGAGGAGCUGAAGAAGCAUAAAAAGGAGGCAGUAAAGAAGAAAGGCUCCUCUACUGGUUCCAAGGAAGGUUCAAAAGUUACAUCAUCUAAGAAGAGAGGCAAUGGCUCAGAUGAGGAUCACUCCCCCACUUUAAGUGCGGCUGAUGAAAAUGAUCAAGUGAAUGCUGAUGAUGAGGAUGACGACGAUGAUGUGCAGUGGCAAACAGAUACUUCUUUGGAGGCAGCCAAACAGCGCAUACAGGAGCAGCUGAGUGCUGUUACUGCUGAUAUGGUAAUGCUAUCUACUGAAGAAGAGAAGGCCAAGUCAGCAAAAAGGUCUCCAGACCGUGAGAUUAAGGUUCGUGAGAAUGGCUCUAAGGUCAUUGAUCCCCAACAAUUGCUUGUUAAUGAAGUCAAGGAAUUUCUGAAGAAGGGUUCUCCUCCAAGCCAGCUGAAAUCCUUCUUGGGUUCACUUGCUGGAGCAUCUCAAGAAGUCAUGAAUGCUCUGUUUUAUGCCCUCUUUGAGGGUGUAGAGAAGGGUUUUACUAAAGAGGCAACUAAAAAGAAAAACUACCUGGCAGCAGCUGUUAUUGAGGAGGAAGGAUCACAGUUGCUUCUGCUGAAUGCCAUCGAGUCUUUCUUUUGUAAGGCAAGCCCUGACGUAGUAAAAGAAGUAGCGUUGAUUUUGAAAGUGUUAUAUGACAAUGAUGUUCUGGAAGAAGAGUUUAUAAUGGAGUGGUACCAGAAGGGUGUGAAUGGUGGCAACAAAAACUCGCCAGUUUGGAAGAGUGCGAAGCCUUUUGUUGAGUGGCUUGAGAAUGCUGAAUCUGAAACUGAAGAGGAGUAAUGCCUGAUGGCGCGCUUCUUCUCUAUUUGGGUGCAGAACUAUCUUUCUUUCUUUGGAAUAAAAGAGUUUGAUUUUUUUUUGAGUCUAGUCUUUCGAGUCAUGUAAUACGGGCGUACAAUUCCUUGCAUCUGUGUCGCUCGAUGAUUUUAUGCUUUUGGCUGGCUUCUUCGUCUUUUCUGGUUGUCUGAUAUUGUCACAGUGUAUUAUCUGGAUUUUGGACUUUUAUGAUCAUUACUAGUUUGUGUUUGGUCUA